UCUAAUAAGAACAAAGACGAAGAAGAAGAACGAGGAAGAAGAGCGAAUAAGAACAACAACGAAGAAGAACGUGGACGAAGAUCGAAUAACAAGAACGAAGAAGACGACGAAGGAAAAGCUCGAAUAAGAACAAACGAGGAAGAAGAUCGAAUAACAAGAACGAAGAAGAUCGAAUAAGAACAAGAACGAAAAAGAACAACGAAGAAGAAGCGGAAGCUCGAAUAAGAACAAGAACGAAGAAGACGACGAAGAACAACGAAGAAAAAGAAGAACGAAGAAGACCCACGCAUCCUCUAAAGAGACAUUCAUUAUUUUCUUCUUUAAUCCGGACGAAUGCCUCUCCACACUCCGUCUUUCUGUAUUCGACUGGACAAAAAGAUCAGUCAUUAAAGCUUCGCGUCCGGCGAAUCUCGUCUCAGUGCGCGUCGAAGCGAAUUUAGUUUGGCGCCGCUUAGCUUGCUAGCAGCCUAGCAUCAAAGAGACGCUUUUACUCGCGACGCGCUGCCAAACCGAGAUCGUGUGUGAGCGUAAAGUGUUGUCAUCGCCGUGUCAAAAAUGUGUGCACAAAGUAUGAAAGACGAUGAGUACGACGGGCACAUUUAUCGGACAGAAACGAACGACCGUCUGUUUGUGGAUGCCAUUUCCCAUUUGCAUCCUCGAGAUGUGUUACGAGCGGAAGAUUUUCAUCCCGAGUGGCGGGAACCGGAGUGGUCCCACGUCAAAGAGGAGGAGCCAGAUCUUCCUCCUAUCGAAAAUGAAGAAGAACUCAAGUCUCCUCACAUCAAAGAGGAAGAGGAGGAAGACCUCAUCGAGUUUCCGUUGACUGUCAUUGUCAAGAGCGAAGAAACUGAUGAAUGCGAUGAAGACCACUGUGGAGGAUCACCGGCGCACGGACUCUUGGCUCCACUUUCAGAUAGUGACAACCUAACAUCACACUCUUCGGACUACGGUGAUGAUGAACAGCAACAUUCGAAAGGUGAUUUGACGUGCCCCACCGACAAGAAACGCAUCCAUUGUUCUCACUGCGACAAAACCUUUCACAACAAGUCGUCGUUAAAAAAACACACAAGAACACACACGGGAGAGAAACCUUUUGCUUGCUUAGUUUGUGGCAAAAGUUUCUCCAAAAAGAGCAAUUUAACGACGCACACGAGAACGCACACGGGGGAAAAGCCGUUUACCUGCUCAGUUUGUGGCAAGAGAUUCUCAAGAAAGGCAACUUUGACGAAACACACAGUAACACACAGUGGAGAAAAAUCUUUUCCCUGCGCAGUUUGUGGUAAAAGAUUCACUCAGAAUGUCGAUUUGAUGAUACACACAAGAACGCAUACCGGAGAAAAACCUUUUGACUGCUCAGUUUGUGGCAAAAGAUUCUCUUGCAAGGCAAAUUUAACAGCCCACACGAGAACGCACACAGGAGAGAAACCCUUUUCUUGCUUAGUUUGUGGUAAAAGAUUCACCAAAAAGAAAAAUGUAACAAAACACACGAGGGCACACGCUGGGGAAAAACCUUUUGCCUGUGUAGCUUGCAAUAAAACAUUCACCCAGAGAUCAGAUUUAAUAAUCCACACUAGGAAACACACCGGAGAAAAACCUUUUGUCUGCUUAGUUUGCGGUAAACGAUUUGGUUUCAAGUCAAGUUUAACCACGCACACGAGAACGCACACCGGCGAGAAACCUUUUGCCUGCUCGGAUUGCGGCCAAAGAUUUUCCGCAAAGAAACAUUUAACAAGACACACAAAAGCACACAGCGGUGAGAAGCCGUUCGACUGUUCAGUUUGCGGCCAGAGAUUCUCCCGUAAGGAACGUUUAAUAUUGCACACGCGAACGCAUACCGGCGAAAAGCCUUUUGCCUGCAUAAUUUGUGGCCAGAGAUUCACUCAAAAGAAACAUUUGACAAGACACACGAGAACACACACCGGUGAGAAACCGUUCAGUUGCGAUGUGUGCGGAAAGAGAUUCAACGAGAAGUGUCAGGUGAAAAGACACAAGUGUGCGGGUGAGACGAGCGAGCAGUGCUCCGCUAAAUAAACUGUGAAGAAACUCAGGGCUGUUUUGGUCAUCAUUGACUCACUCCAAACGCUCCAAUCGAUUGCGUAGACGUCGUGCACGAGACGUCACCGUUUGUUUACGGUGCGGGAGUCGCUGAACCGGAGCAGAUUUUUCACAAUUGCCCGAGACCUGUUUGUUCUGUUGGUUGUCACAGUAGACGAGACGGUUUUUCAAAGAUGACGUUCUAUAGAAUACCAGCUGAAAAGAUCGACGGAUUUUGGCAAUUGAACGUGGCGGAUGGCCCCCGACCAAAAUACACACGACCGUGUAACGAUCGCUUCAUUUCAGGUAGGAAAGAUUCUUCUCAAUCUCAAAUUAUCAAGAGGUAUUGAUAACGCCAAGUCGAGUUAUUUGAGAACAAUGCUCAUUUAAAAACAAAAAAAAUAAAAAUAAUCUGUCUGCAUCAUAGUGAAUGAAUGCGAGUUUGUGUAAAACCAGGGGUCAUUUAUUUAAAUAUUGGUAUUUGUAUUGAAAAAAUGGGUCCAUCACUAAGUACCUGAUUCCGAACAGAUUUUAAUUGGGCCUGUAUCUAACCUAUGAGGAGAGGAAUCAUUCAGCCAAUUCCAGUUUCUCUUGAUUACAUUGAAUGAUACGCUAUUGUAUCUACGUGACCCGAUGGAGCUCGUGCACCGAAGUCACGUGACUGCCCACAUUGCCGAUCGAGCAAAGCACCGAUCAAUGCUAAGUCGGUCGGAGACGAAACGAAAAUAAGUCUCGUAGCACAGCGCCCGGAGUUUUGUCCGAUACUGUUAAACAUUUAGAAGGUGAUAAUAAACAAAAGUACCUGGAAAUGAGAGAAACCUAGCAUAGAGGAUAUUUAUUCCCGAAGUCGAUGUUUUCGCCGAUAAGAAAUUGGACUGUUAACCCGCUUCCGCUUGUCUUGGACAACUGGAUCGACACGCGGAUCUGGUGAGUAAGUCGUCGAGAUUCACACGGAAGAGUUUGAAAGGGUAGAAAAGUCUGGACGCGUACAAAUACUUUGUUGCCGGAUGGGUCAGAGACGUCGUGUCGUGUAGAACUGAACAAAAUAAGUCUCAUCGUGUGAUGGCAGAGGUAAGUAGUUGCUACUUGCAAUACUCGAUCUUAUAAUCCAUAACUUGCACAAGACAGGGUAUUAGAUCUAGCUAUGAUUUUGGACUAAGUUAUUGCCGAUAUAGAUUUAUUUAUUUAUUUUUUUUAAUACUGACAAAACAAAUCUAGCUGGAGUGCUCGAAGCUCCGGUUUUAUUAAAUCUGUAAAAAAAUUCCAAGAAGUAUUCAUAGGUUUAUGUUACUGUUUUUGAAAUAUAAUCAUAUCCCGUUUGUCCAAAAAAAAUGAGUCAUCGCCUCCGUAAACUUCUCUAAGACAGACAGUUUAUUAUUUUUUUUAAAUAUGCAUUGUUCUCAAAUGAGCCAACUUGGAAUUAUAAAUACUUUUUGGUGUAUGGAUCGUUUGAAUAUACAUCCAUUUUCUUAGCCGCUUAUCCUCACGAGGGUCGCGGGGAGCGCCGGAGCCUAUCCCAGCUAUCUUCGGGCAGGAGGCGAAGUACACCCCGAACUGGUCGCCGGCCAAUCUGAGGCAGAGAACGGUCGCACCCGUGAUCACAAGAGUGUCCAUGUUGCAUGUUUUGGGGAUGUGGGAGGAAACCGGAGUGCCCACCCAGAGAAAAGCCACACAGGCACAGGGCAGAACGUGCAAACUCCACACAGGUGGACUGAACCGGGGACCUCAGAACUGUUGAGGCCUACGUUUUACCAGCUGACCCGCCGUGCCGCCUCAUUUGAAUAUUUUGAUCGGAUUUGACGAGCAAUUC